GUUCUAUACGAAUCCAUGGCACCAUGAUUUUACCUUUAGCUACUACUUCGAAAUUGCAUUGUGCACAGAAUAAAGCCUGAAAGUGGCAUUGACGAAGGGUUUUUGAAUAUUUGUAGAUUUAUAAAUUUACUCAACAUUGAAAUACCUAAAAUUCGUUUUUUUUGAACGAAAUCACUUUGAUAUUCAUUUAGUUUGAGUUGUUGAAAGGUUUGGUAAACAUUCAUUCCUACCAACAAAAACGACCGAAUUGGUUUCUUCAUUUCAGUUCUUUGACAAAGAUAAAUUUGUUUGUUUGAGUAAUUCCUAAUUACAGAAAGUUGGAUUCAUCCCUUUUCACUGGGUACAUCGAAUCUGUUCCUCUUUUGUUAGCUAGUAUUUGUCUUUUCGUAUACUCUUGAUCUGUCUAAAGGGUAUAAUCGUUUACAGUUUUUGUAUCGGACCCUCUUUGCCGAAAGCUAUUUGUUUUUACUUGCGCUUUUAUUUUCCCUUCAGUUUGAUUCAUCAUGGGCAGUAGCAGUCGUAGAAGAUCUUCUUCCUUGGUCACCAAGGUGCCCAAUCCCACCAUCGACGACCGUUUGGAUCAAGGAUCUGCCACAAAUUACAACUCCAAUUGGGUGAACUAUAAAGGUGCUUGGAUCAUACACAUUGUCCUUAUUGCAGCUCUCCGUCUUGUAUUCCAUGCGGUUCCAUCUGUCUCUCGCGAACUUGCCUGGACUCUCACGAACUUGACGUAUAUGGCCGGAUCAUUCAUUAUGUUUCACUGGGUAACUGGCACCCCUUUUGAAUUCAAUGGCGGUGCUUACGAUCGACUUACGAUGUGGGAACAACUCGAUGAAGGAAAUCAAUAUACUCCCGCACGUAAAUAUUUACUUGUGUUACCCAUCAUCUUGUUUCUUUUAAGUACUCAUUACACUCAUUAUAACGGAUGGAUGUUUUUGGUUAAUAUAUGGGCUCUGUUCAUGGUAUUAAUUCCAAAACUUCCUGCCGUUCAUAGAAAACGAAUCUUCGGUAUACAGAAAUUUGCUCUACAUGACGAUGAAAGCGAGACCGUCUCGCGUUAAAGUCGGAAGCCUACAUUCAUGUUAACUAUUUUUUUAUUCCCGCAUUCAUGCUUUUGCUGUAUUGAAAUAUUCACUGUUCGAUUUAUUGUUUUCUUUUUCUUUCUUCUCGGAUUUAUCAUGAGGGCCUCACCAAUACCUCUUAUGAAUCUGUUAAACAACUAAAAAUAGAUUUUCUUUGAUGACUCAUUGUUUGAUGUUGAUUGUUUACCUACAUAUUCUUUUCUAUCCCUGAUGUUUCUUUAUUUCAAUCUUGCUUUUUAGAGAAUUGCUUUUAUUAUUUACCGUGAGGUUAAAAGACCGUUUUUAAGCUCGCCACAAGCCGUUUUUCUUUGACUGUUUCUCAUUAUUCUCUUAAUUUUUUAUAGUUAAAAGUGUUUUUCAGGCGCUCUAAAAUUCAGGUUGAAGAAAUUUGAAGUUGAAAAACAAAAAAAUAUAUAUAUUUAAAAGGAAAAAAAGACUUUUGUUUUGGACUUGCAAAGCAUAACUUCUCUUCGUACUCAAUUAAGUGUAUAAUUUUCAUUGUCUGAUAGUGUUGGCAUUUUCGACCUCUCACGCAUUGUUGAGGCAACAGUAAUAAUAGUGUUUUUCCUGCAAUAACUUAAUUUAAUUUUUAUUUCUUUAAACUAUACCGUUUUGUAAUUUAC